AUGUCUCCCGCGCAAACCAACGGCUCCCCCCUGAGCUUCGGCAAACGAUAUGCCGUCCUGAACCUGGAUUUCAUGAACAUCCUCUUCGACAUUGUCAAGGACACGCCCGAGGGAAGCCAGUUCGUGACCAAUUGCUCUCGUUGGGUCAAUGCAGUGCAUAAGCGCGAUCCUCGACCCCCGACCAUCUUUACGAGCCUGUACUUUACAAACCCUUCUCAGGCCGAGCUUCCGAGUGAAGCCCCUUUUACCAAGCUGGUCCAGGGGUUUGCUACCUUUGACGAGCAUAGUCCUUCUGUCAAGGUCCCUGAGUACCUAAGUAUCGAUGGUGAGGAUAUCAUCCUUCAGAAAGUACGAUGGUAUGGGGGCGCGGGCAAUGAUCUGGAAGAUAUCCUCAAGAAUAAUAACAUCGACACUGUCAUCAUUUCUGGCCUUAGUCUUUCGGGUGUCGUAAUGAGCACUGUCUAUCGACUGUUUGAUUUGGAUUACAACAUCUAUGUGAUUUCGGAUAACGUGUUGGAAUUGCCGGUAUCACAACAUGAGCAAUUCUCUUCUGUGCUUUUGGAUUCACUCAUGCCAAAAAUGAAUCUCAAGGUCAUUACACUCAAAGAAGCACUGCAGGCUCUAGAGCAUUCUUAA